AUGUUUCCGGAUGAAGUGAAGGUGCUGAUGAAGAAUCGGGAGCUGCCUCGAGAGGAGUGGCACCAGGUGGAAAAAACGAGUGUCAUCUACCAAUUGUCGCCUUUUCUCGACCACGCUGGGGUGCUUCGAAUGGAAGGCCGAGCCGAGGCUGCGGAAGAGUUGCCUUUUGACCUGCGUUUUCCCGUGAUCCUACCGAAGAAACAUCCGAUUACCAUCAAGCUUGUAGAACAUUAUCAUCGCAAGCUCCGGCAUGGCAACAACGAAACGGUCGUCAAUGAAAUGCGGCAACGGUUUUUCAUCGGGAAUCUACGAGCCGUCGUACGGAUGGUCGCGAACGACUGCCAGCUGUGUAAGAUCCGUAAGAGUCGACCUGCUGUACCCCGUAUGGCACCGCUACCGAUUCAGCGUUUGCAGCCGUACCUGCGGCCGUUCAGUUUCGUCGGCGUGGAUUACUGUGGCCCAAUCACUGUAACUGUUGGGAGACGCAGCGAGAAGCGGUGGAUUGCCGUGUUUACCUGUUUCAACACCAGAGCGGUUCACCUAGAAGUAGCCCACAGUCUCAACAAGCAGUCCUGUCUCAUGGCACUGAGGAGGUUCAUGUGCAAGUACGGCGUGCCCAGAGAAAUAUUCUCCGACAACGGAACAAAUUUCCACGGCGCGAACAACGAGGGAGUCCUGAUCCGUGCCAUUAACAACAACUGUGCGGACGUGGUGACAGAUGCUCGACUCAAGUGGAAUUUCAACCCUCCGUCCGCCCCACACAUGGGGGGAGUUUGGGAACGCAUGGUCCGGUCCGUUAAAGAGUGUCUGAAGGUGCUGGAUGACGGUAGAAAUUUGACGGACGAAGUACUGUUGACGGUGCUAGCAGAAGCUGCAGAAAUCAUUAACUCGAGACCUUUAACGUAUCAACCGCAAGAUGCUUCGUCUCCGGAGGCGCUCACGCCGAAUCACUUUUUGCGCGUAGGCCCUGCAAAUGAAGAAUUGGUUCUUGAAGCGGCGAACGUAGGUCAAGCGCUGACGGACAGCUACCAGCGGUCCCAGAUGUUGGCUCAAAAGAUGUGGAAGCGCUGGAUAUCCGAGUACGUGCCGUCGCUCAACCGCCGACCCAAGUGGCACGAGGAACGGGAACCGGUGAAGGCGGGUGACUUGGUGUUCAUCGCGGAUGAAGAGCAGCGGAAGACGUGGAUCCGCGGGAUCGUGGAUGAGGUGAUUAAGGCGAAGGAUGGGCGAGUUCGACAAGCUGUUGUUCGUGCUCAAGGAAAGUUGUACAAGCGGCCGGUGGCGAAACUGGCGGUCAUCGAGGUUGGAGCUAAUGGACGGAGUGAACCUCAUUCCGAGAAACCUCGGGACUAA